GCGGACUUCGUCGAGAGUACACGCGUUGCUUUUCCCCGGGUUGGUGUGACGCCGUGGUGCACAAAGUCGUUUCGCAUCGUUUUUUUUUCUUCACUGCACUACAGGGCUGUGUGGAAAGCUGCCAGCGAGUGUGUACGUGGAAGGUUGAGAAAAGUGUGAAAGUAAGAAUCAAAGUGGCCGUGUGAUUUGUAAACGGGAAGAAAAAGUAAAUAAAACAAAGUAACCUAGCGCGUAGUGGAGCUAAAGAAAAAAUAAACGCAACAUACUAUUCUGUCAUUGCAUGCUAUGAUGCACUAUUGAGAGAGAGAAGAAAUAUAGUGCACCAGUGGAGUGAGCGGGUGGGAACGGUAGAAAAGUGCUCAUCGAGUACAACGUAAAAACAAGCAUACUUUGUCCCCAAGUCCAAGGAUCCUGUUGCUGCUUUACUCCUCAUCGUAGUGUCUGCGGAAUUUUGGCGUAGAAGUCGAAAAACAACAGCUCCGUUGCCGGAAGUUCGUUUCCAGUUUCGCGUCCGUUAGGAGGUAACACACAUAUACGGCCACACACGCUGACCGAGUGACCGAGUAAACAUCGUCGUAGUGUCGUCGGUAGCGGUAGGAAGUAGGAAGAGCUUCUUCGGAACCAGUAGAUCGGAAUCCAGCAAAAAAGCGUGUCCGACAACAGGAGUAAAUCCACGCCAUGCCAGGAGAGUCGGCCAAGGCGGCGGAAGCGGCCGCCGCAACCACACCCACCACACCGAAGAAGAAGCCCUCCAACACGAAGGCGGCCCUCGCCAAGGUGACACUGCUCGAUGGGUCGAUCCUGGAGGUGACCAUCGAUCGAAAAUGUCGUGGCCGGGACCUGCUAAACUCGGUCUGCGCCGGGUUGAACAUCCUCGAGAAGGACUACUUUGGGCUGACGUAUCACACAGCGAACGAUCCGCGCACCUGGCUCGACCUGGAGCGGCCCGUUACGAAGUUCUUCCGCUCCGACCCGUGGGAUCUGUCGUUCGAGGUGAAGUUCUAUCCACCCGAGCCGGCCCAGCUGCAGGAGGACAUCACGCGGUACCACCUGUGUCUGCAGGUGCGCAACGAUAUUCUCGAGGGUCGGCUGCCCUGCUCGUUCGUGACACAUGCCCUGCUCGGCUCGUACCUGGUGCAGUCGGAGCUGGGUGAUUACGAUCCGGCGGAGAUGAAGGACCGAGCCUACCUGAAGGACUUUAAGAUUGCACCGAAUCAGACGCCCGAACUGUUGGAUAAGGUUAUCGAUCUUCACAAGACCCACAAGAGUCAAACACCGGCAGAGGCGGAACUACACUAUCUGGAAAAUGCGAAAAAGCUUGCCAUGUACGGCGUAGAUCUGCAUCCGGCGAAAGAUUCCGAAGGGGUGGACAUCAUGCUCGGUGUGUGCGCGUCCGGUUUGCUCGUGUACAGAGACAAACUUCGCAUCAAUCGGUUCGCAUGGCCAAAAAUCUUGAAGAUAUCGUACAAGCGCAACAAUUUCUACAUCAAAAUCCGACCGGGUGAGUUCGAGCAGUACGAGUCGACGAUCGGGUUCAAGCUGGAGAAUCACCGGGCGGCCAAGAAGCUCUGGAAGGCGUGCGUCGAACAUCACACCUUCUUCCGCCUGAUGACACCGGAACCGCAGCAAAAGUCGGGUCUGUUCCCGCGCCUCGGCUCGAAGUAUCGCUACUCCGGUCGCACACACUACGAGACGCGCAAAACGCCCGUCGAGCGUCCCGCGCCCGACUUCAAGCGCAGUCUGACCGGCAAGCGGCUCUCGAGUCGUAGUAUGGAUGCUCUGGCACAACAAGAAAAGGAACGUGCCGCAGCCAAGGAUCCAAACAAGGAUGCCAACAAACGUCACACGAUGUCCCAUCCACCGGACCACAUUCCGGACCUGGACUCUCCGACGCGCGGCUCCCGCAGCCCAAUCAAGAAGGACAAGAAGGAACGCAAACCGGCCGGAGGGGUUGCAGUGCUGCCAGUGGUCGGCAAGAAAGACAAACCGGAACAGACUCCUCAGAAAGAUGAAGCGCUUAAUGGUAACAAUGGACAAGCGGCGGAUCCGUUGAAUUCAUCCGCGGAAGAAACUACUUCGCCAUCCGGUAAACGUAGGGGAUUCCUGUUUUCGUCCGGUCGCAAGUCGCCAAAGGAUAAGAAAACUCCAGGCAGUGGACAGCAAGACCCAGCCGCCGCUAAGGUGAUGGCCGCCGCAAACGGUGAUGGUAGUAGCAAUGGCAAGAAGGAACAGGUCCCAGUUCAGCAGCAGCAGCAAACGACACCGGAAAAACCGGGCUUCACCAAGCCGUACGAAUACUCGGAGAGCGAGCAGGAUCCGGCCGCACACAAGAAGAACGUUAAAACCCGGGGCUUCCGAUACGACGAGGCGGCACCAUUGCGUGGUGCCGCGAACGACGAGCACGAGCCGCAGCUGAGUCCGAACUCGCAGAGUCGCCGUGCGACCGGAUUGGCUUUCAAUUACGCACCGGGCGAAGAUCAGAAGGUGCGCGAAUCGGUUGAGAAGCGCAAGACGCCUGGCUCACCGUUAGUUGGGGCUGGUGGCGCCACCAAGCCGACGUCCGAUCAGCUGUCCCCGAAAUCGGCCGCCCGUGGUCUGCCUGGGGAGACGGACGCCGAAAAGGGUGUGCGUACGAGCGCAAGAUCGUAUUCGCCGAACAAGGGCCGUACGCCGGUGGAUCCUUUGGCAUCCGGGGCCGGAACGUUCCGUCCACUGGAUGACACCAGUACCGCGUUCAUUCAAGGGGAACAGAGCGGGGCCGCUGCCGCUGCCGCUGCAGCAGCUGCUGCCGCCGCCGCAGAGCCGGCGAAGAAGAAGGUAAAGAUCAUGGUGAUCAUUUCGAAGUUCGAUCCCAAAACGAAGAAGGUCGACACGGCGCAGGGUGUGGUGGAGCAUUCGACCGGUGUGCUGGACACCAAGACCGGUCAGAUCGAGAGCAAGUAUGGGCUGAUCGAUCCGAAGGCGGGCACCGUGGUGAACUUUAAUGCUCGCACGGGCCAGAACGAAACGUUCCAGGGUCAGACGGAUGCAAAGACGGGCCAGCUGCACGUCGUUGGCGGUGUGGUAGAUCCUGCCACUGGUAAGGCCGACGAAAGUCUCGGCCAGGCCAUCACCGUUGUACCCGACGAUGAUACGGUGGUCGAGAUCACCACUAUUACCUCGAAGGUGGACCCAACGACGGGCAAACUGGACACCACCAAUGGUGAAAUCGAGAAGAGCCGAGCUAUUCUGAAUCACCGCACCGGAGUCCUGAGCACCAAGUACGGUGAUAUUAACCCACGCACCGGAGAGCUACGCUCGAUCGAUCCGAAGACAGGUCGUCCGUCGCCGGCGGCAUCAGCCGUACGCCCGGUUACGGUGGACCGUGCUAACGGACAGAUCACGAUCGUCGGUGUGAUGGAUCCGAAGACGAAUAAGGUUGAUAAUGGACAGGCGCACUUGCUGGCCAUUGGAAACCAGGUCGAUCCGGUGGUGGAGGUCACCUCCGUACUGGGCAAGCUGGACAAGAAGGGCAUCGUUGACCCGAAGACGGUCGUCAUCGAUAAGAGCACCGGCCAGCUGGACACGAAGGACGGCAAGAUCAACACCAAGUUCGGACAGCUCGACCUGGUCAAGCAAACGAUCACGUUCGUUGACCCGAAGACGGGCAAGACGGAGACCAAGGAGAUCAAGGUCGACCCGGUCACCGGACAGGUGAUGCUGAAGGGCGGUCAGGUCAAUCCGAAGACGGGCAAGGUGGACAAGGACUACGGUCGUAUCGUAUCGAUCCGCAUCGUGCACAGCCGGAUCGAUCCGGUAACGGGCAAACACGUCCCGGCGACUACGGUCGACGACAAGGACAUCCGUGUGGAUGCGAAGACGAACCAGGUGUGGAUACCGGACGGUGGCAAGGAUCCGCGAACGGGUGAAACGAUCUACACCUCGAGUCAAGUCGAUCCGCGCACCGGUUUUGUCAUUACACUGUACGGUUAUCUCAACCCGAAGACGAACGAAAUCGAACGACAGUCGAAACUGGAUCCGAACUUAACGAAGGUCGAUCCGUCAUCGGGGCAGGUUUACGCCGCGACCGGCCAACUGGACGAACGCACCGGUGAGCCACUGUUCGCGGCCACGCAGAUCAACGACGAAACUGGCGAGAUGUACACGAAGGUUGGCCGAGUCGAUCCGAAGACGGGUCGUCUAGUGAUAAUCCGUAUUUUCAUCAUCACAAAGAAGGACGAACGGGGCCGUCCGGAGGAGGUGGACGUUACGACGGUCGACAUGGAUCCGGAGACCGGUCACAUCCGGAACGUUGCCCCAAAGACACUCUACCUGUACAAGAUGCGCGAUCCGAUCACGGGCGAAACGUACAACGUCGAUCCGAACGAUCCACGUGUCGCCGGUGCACGUACCACCGUCACACAGACGAUGACCCUGAGUGGUGAGAUCGAUCCCGUCACCGGUCGCAUCAAGUCCGAGUGGGGUCACAUCGAUCCGAACACGGGCGACAUCGAUCCGGCAACGGCUAUCAAAGACCCGGUCACCGGCAAGCUGAUCCUCAACUACGCCGACAUCGAGCCGAGCCACUUCGGCAAGAACGUAACCGUCACCAAGGAGACGGUACCGAUCACACGCGAACAGUUCUACGAGGGCAUCAAGCACAUGGGCAAGACGGCGACCCGACGUGACUCGGAGAGCUCCGAUGACGACAUGACUGCCCAGUACGGUAGCGAAACCAUCAAGGAGAUCCACUCGGGCGCGGCCGCCGGCCAGGCGGGCAAAUUCAGUUCCACCACGGCGGCCACGACGACGCCAACCGUCGUUAAGACCACCACCAAGCAGGUGAUCACGAAGAACGAGGACGGCGUCACGCACAACGUCGAGGAGGAGGUGCAGAAUUUGGGCACCGGCCAGAUUGUAUACUCCACGCAGGAGCACAAGGCCGAUGCACCGACCGGCGGUGCCGAUGCAGGUAAAUUCGUGACGGCCACCGCCGUCACCACGCGUACCGCCACCACCCACGAAGAUCUGGGCACGAACGCGAAAACGCAGCAGCUCGAGGAGAAGACGGUGGCCACGACCACCACCCAGCACGGUGAACGGCAGGAGCAGCGAGUCAUUACGCAGGAAGUAAAAACAACCGCCACCGUUACGAGUGGCGAUCAGUACACACGCCGUGACAGUGUCUCGUCGACGAGUUCCGGUGAUUCCGGAACACCGAUCGAUGGCCCGUACGGAGAUGAAUCGCUAUCGGAGGUGAUCUACAACAAAUCCUACACGGGAGCUGACAAUGUCGCCGGUGCCUCCCAGAUACCGGAAGGUCCGAACGUGGAGCACCGUCGGGUGCUGCUGGAGGAGGGCGAAACCACAGCGCAUGGUGAAAUCGUCUCGUCUCAAACGGUGUCCAGCAAAACGCGAACCGUUGAAACCAUUACCUACAAAACGGAACGGGACGGUGUGGUGGAGACCCGCGUCGAACAGAAGAUCACCAUCCAGUCCGACGGCGAUCCAAUCGAUCACGAUAAGGCCCUCGCUGAGGCAAUCCAGGAAGCGACCGCCAUGAACCCGGACAUGACGGUGGAAAAGAUCGAGAUCCAACAGCAAACGCAGUAACCGGUUUAGGUAUGAGAAAAACGCCACACGGACGAGGGCCAUAUUCGAGAACACGCCACACAGUGUUACGGCAGAAUAUCGUCGUACAUUCGGGGUGGGUUAGAUACACCGGGGGAGCAGAUGACAAUUUCGAUGAUAAGAAAACGAAAACGAGUGUGUGUUUGUGUGAUGCCAUCAUCAUGUGCCUCCUCGCGCGAGGCAUAUCGAGUUGUGGAUUGGCGAGAGCAGUUUUCUGACACUCCUUUUGCUUGCGAUCUUAUGCGUGUAGUGUGUAUCUUCGCUUACACCGCGUUGUUUCCGUGCUUUGCAGCAGAAGAAAAAACAAUCGACGAUGAAAAGGACCGAGGGAGUCUAUAACAUUACAAUUUAAUGCAAGUAAGAAUAAAAAGUGCAAAUCGUUAGAAACAUUAGGGUCGUUGACAGCGGGAAGCGAAAGAGAUAGAUAGUCGGGCGAGCGAGAAAAAGAAAAAAGGAAAGAUUUUUAUUCAUAUAUUUAUUUAUUGCUUAAAGCGGGCGGUGAACAUUCGGAAGUGCACGCGUGAAGUGCAUCUAAGAAAUGCUAAAUGUGAAACGGAAACAAAUGAAAGAAAACAUAUAUACACCACAUACAUAUACACAAAAUACUACAAGCAAACAAUCAAAUUCGCUUUACGAAAAUCACCAAUGCUUGACGAGAGAAAUGCAGUGAACAGUGGACAAGCAACAAACAGCUAAAACUAUAUCUAAAGCACCAUAAACGGAAGGUUAAAAAGAAGAAUCUUUGAUGUUAAGGAGUACAUUAGGGGGUUUUUCAGGGCAUACAAACAAGUAAGAGUUAAAAUUACAACAGUUUGCAUUUGCUAAGAAACGAGCCGAAAUGAUUAUUUACAGUUGUUGUCGUUGUGUCUUGUGGAAGUAACAAUUUAAAACAACACACGCUUGUAAGAGCAAAAAGAGAACACACAAGGGGAAGUGAAACAAGAAAGGAGUAAUGAAAAGAAAGCUUACUUUAGAAUGAGUAAUCAGUUUGUUAUGCUGAAAAACAAGAGCCCAACCAAGCAUAGAUAUUUAUACACGAUUGGAUCGAAUUAAAGUAAUCUACUGCAAAAUGUGCUUUACUUGUAUUUGUUUUUAGUUUAACUACUUCUGUUCAAGUAUUCUUUGCGAAUAAAAAUAAAUGAGAAGCAACUUUUGAUGAAAAUUUAUUGGAUUAACACAUUUAAAGUAGGCUGCGAAUUGUUCGUCACGUGAGAAGGAAUGGAUGCAAACCAAAUACACCCAACAGUGUUCAAUUCGACCGAGAUCCGGUCGGUGUGCAAAAAGAAAAAAAAAGUCCAGAGUCAUAAUUGGUUGAAGCCGUACCGAAGUGUGGAGCCAUUAAUAGUUCAGAGAGGUGGAAGUGAAAUUUACAAAAUUUAUUCAUCGUUGCUUAUUUAAAACGACCGUUAGGGUAACGAGGGGGUGACAUUUUACAACUCUUACAUGUGUGACAGAAGAUAAACAAUCGUUGCCUUAUUUCAACUGAUUGAUCAUCUUUACAAACCUCAUAUCCUGGAAGGUAAUAGCUUACCGUUUGCUGCACUUUUCUUUCUAUCUCGCGAUUAAACUAGUUUGCAAACUAUGCUUACAUUUCAUGAACUUUUGUUGUCGUACGUUUUCGUCGUUUUCGCUUCUGUUUGACAUUAACAUUCCAUAACAUCUUGCGUAGUAAAAUGAAGUAAAGAUUGUUAGGGCCGUUUCAAUUGAUCUGCAUUCUAUCUGCCACAUUCAAACUCAGUUUUCUACUCCUAGUAAUGUUAAGUUUUUACCUUGCUUGAGUAAACGUAGAUCCGCCGCCGAUAGUGAAUGAUGGUGUAUUUUUGUUUAGCAUUGGGCAUGCAUUUUCACAAGUGCAUUAGGUUUAGAAAGAAGUCCGCAAAUAGGGCAGGCAAUCAUACCCCUAGAGAGAGGGUGUGCAAUAGUAAGAAGAUAAAACCCCCGCUACAUUCUUUAUCAAUCGUCGUAAGCAUUUGGCGUUGUUCCGCGAAGCGGACUUCGAUGUUCCAAGACGGACGGAAACGAACGGUUUCAGAUGAAGGAAGCGAAUACACAUCACUAUAGAAGCGUUCGUGGAGCAGUAUCGAGUGGCUUGUGUUGUAAUGUAAUUUCUGUUUGUUUUAGUUUGUUAUUUUUAAUUUAAUUAAGUUGCGUACAUUGUCAAAUGGCUUCUGCUUAUUUUUUUUAUAAUUUACGGAAAUAUAUUAAAGAUUUGUUAAGUAUAAUUUUUUGUGUAAGCGCUCUAUGCAAACUACUUUUCGUUCUAAAGCAAAUGUGUUUCCUGCGAGGGUCAAAAUUAAGGGGCACAUUUCUACUGUCGUUUAUCCCCAACUAACUAUGCCAAUUUUGACUAAGACAAACCGACUCUUUCCUAUACAUUUUGCUAGCGGUCCAGCAGUAAAAGUAAAAAAAAAGAAAAAAGUAAAGUUCAACACAAAUGGGUAAUCAUAUGUAGCAUCCAAGCGUCUUUUUACGCAAUUUAUCAGAACGGUGGAGGACAAAUGAGCGAGGCUGUGUCUAAUUGCUAGCUAGGCAUCCACGAUUUACCAACCGUCUUUUGGUUCACAAAAGAGUAGGAAAAGGAAAGAUCCUAUACUAACACGUUAACCGAUAUCGGCAUAUAUUCUCAUGUAGUCACAUUUCAACUUCAACCCUUCGAUAAAGAUCUUGCAUUUUACAUCAAAAAUCAAAUCUAACGCGUGAUGUUUUUGGGUAGAGCGGAAGUUGGUUGAAGGAAGAUCCUGCUUGAGACAAUGAUGCACCAAACAGGAUGGCAGGUAAACUAAUCACACGAUUGCAAUCGUCUAACGGCUUGAGCUCUCCGUGUUUGUGUGUUCCAAAUGAAAGGUGCUUUGCCUGGCUUGGGCUGGAAGUUGGAAAUGCUCGUGAUGUGUGGAACGCUUAAAUUUGGGACAGUCCGAAUAGAAGUAUAUCGGAGGCAAGUAACAAUCGCAAUCAAAUGUUAAGAAUUCUAAGAUAAAAUAAAAGGUGAGACACGCGAGAAAAACAUCUGAUUCUGAAAUAAUAAUAAAAACGCCACGUGAUUAACAGCAAGCUUAAG